CAUUCGAAAACAUGAUGUAAGUUCUUGUCUAAUCAUUUAAGUGGAUUGAAGUGUAAAAAAUGGAGUUUUGGAAUUUUAUUCGCAAUAUAUUUGGUGGCCGAAACUCGGAAUAUUUUGAAAAUAGAGGUGGUCAUCGAAAUAUUUUGGAUGAAGACAAUUUUGAACACUCAAUAUGGAACAUUGAUAUUAAUGAUGAUUUCAGGAGAAACAGACAUUUUAAUAUCUUUAGUGACCCAUUACAAAUAACACAAUUUUUUGAAUCUGAAAUUGAGAAUAUGAUGAAAAAUUUUAUUUAUGGGUUUAGUAACGCAGGAAUUGAUGCAAAUACAAAUAUAUUUUCAUUUGCACCAUCAGAAAGACAAAGUUUACGUGAUAAAAUGCUAAAAUCAAACAGUGAUCAGAUGGGAUCUGAAUUAGAUACAGAUUUAGAUGGAAAAGUUACUGCAGACAAUUUUUCUAAUAUUUGGGAUGAAUGUAAGAAACCAGAAGUAAAAUUAUCACAGCCAUACAUAAUUGGAAAAUCUGUGAGGAAAGAAUUUGUUCGUAAAGCUGAUGGCACAGUAGAGCAAAAACAAGUUAUUAAAGAUUAUGAUGGAAAUGAAGAAACUAUUAUAUCACAUCAAGUUGGUGACAAAAUUCACACUGUUGUUACAAAGAAAGAUAAAAAUGGAGUGGAAACAAAAAUAGAAGAGUUUUCAGACAUAAGUGAAUGUGAUUUAUUCAAGAAAAACAAACUACCAAAUGGAAGAAAUAUUUUUCAUAACAUUGACUUGACAUUUUGGGACAAAUUUUUUAAACCAAAUCCGAAAUUAUGAUUAGUUGAAAUA